UAUUGGGUCUACAAAUCCACACUUAUGGUAUAGAAGUUCAAUGGGUCAGUGGGCUUCUAAAUCAAUGAAUGAAAAGUUAUCUAGAAUUGAUUUUAUUUCCAAAAUACUAAAUGUGUUUAGCUCAGAACACAGCAUGAACAUUUCACAUACUAAUGUCAGUUGUUUUUGCAUACUGUGUUUGUAGUGGAAAACACAAAUGACUGGUCAACCAAAGAUGAAGGUCAGUUUCAAGGCCCUGCUGGUUUGUUGUUGUUGGAAGGAGUUUUUGUAUAAUGACAAGCCCUUGGCCCUGAAACAAAAAGAAAUGGAGGCAGCUUCAUCAGCUGGUGAACAGGAAAGGCUGAAGGAAGAGUUAAAAGAGGCAAAGAACAAGGCCCACAGACGCUCAAUGGGAACCAUCUGCUUCAUGGGUGAGCUGUUUAAACAGGGGAUGCUUACAGAGGAUAAUAUGCAUGAGUGUAUAUUGAAGUUGGUCAAACAGCAUGACGAGGGGUCACUUGAACAACUCUGUAAGCUGCUCAGCUCUGUGGGCCAAGACCUGGAUGCUGAAAAAGCAAAGGUGAGUCCAGGAUCAGUCCAGGGUAUAUGUGGAUUAAACUUGACCAUGUAUUUUUAGGGAAGUGCCAGGCAGACAUCAGUAACUCUGUGUCAGCAGACAGUGUUGGGAUCUGAAAUGUAAUAUGGUACUGAUUACAAAUUCCACAACUAAAACUGUAAUCAGUUAUGUAAUUUUUAUGUCACACUGUUUAGGUAAUCUAAUUUAUUAUUUUUGGAUUACUUUUUGCCUGUUUUGAUGAAAAUCUAAUGUUAAGUAUAUUAAUUGUACCA